GUGACUGCGCUAAGGAUGAACGCCUAAAUUUCGUGCUGCGGAUCAUACGGCAGUCGUCCCCUCCCCGUGGCUAUGACGCCAGCAUAGGGGUAUAAAAUUGGCCACCGGCGAUGGAUGGUCACAUUCAGCUUCUGAACCCAUUUCCUCCGUGUCAACAGAGGAACUAAGGAUGCGUUCGCUGCUGGCUCUGACAUGUCUGGUGGGGUCGGUGCUGGCCGCGCCCCAGUCGUCCGGCCGGCCGUACCCGCCACCACUCGAUCCCAGCUACUCGAACCCAUCCGCGGCGAGUGCUUCCAACAGGGACAUCCACCACUCCAUCCUCGGCAGCAAAACCAGCAUCCGGCGACAGACGCGCGCUCAAACCGACAGAUCUACGAAGCAGGUCGCCGAGCCCAUCGUCACGAGGACUGUAACGGCCCCCGAACGCGCCCCUAUCGUCACGAGGAUGCAGCCGAUCGCCGAACAGGCCUUCACGGGAGCGCAGCAGGUUACAGAACAAAGUAAAGCUGUCACAAGGACUAAAGUUGUACCACACGAUGUCGCCGAGCCCAUCGUCACAAGAACGGACGCUAUCGUCACGAAUGUGAACCUGUUCGUCACGAGGGUAGACGCCAUUGUCACGAGGGCGGACCCCAUCGUCACGAGGGUGGAUCCGAUCGUCACGAGGGUAGACGCCAUUGUCACGAGGGUGGACCCCAUCGUCACGAGGGCGGACGCCAUCGUCACGAAGGUGGACCCUAUCGUCACGACGGUGGACCCCAUCGUCACGAGGGCGGACCCUAUCGUCACGAGGGCAGACCCGAUCGUCACAAGGACGCAGCAGAUCCCCGGACGCACCGUCAUCGAAACAGAGCUGAUCGCUGAACCCAUUGUCACGAGGGUGCAGCCGAUCGCCGGAUACAGCAGCGCCAUCAUUCAGCAGUAGUUCCUCGGUACAGUCAGUCUCCUGGUGAGGUGACGGUCUCUGCACUCUGACGGUGCAGACUAAGACAGUUUAUUGAGGACAACCGCAAUGCACAGUCUCUUGGCUAUUGCAGCUUUUGGCUUUAAACAUUUUUCGCAGCCAAAAACCAAGAAACGCUCACAAAUGAGCAGAGGUGUAACAUGUUACGACGAUCUAGCAGGCGUAGAGGCAGUCGUGACAUGCCGCGUGGCAGAGCGGUGUACGAAGGUGGCGCUCGGCACUGAAACUGCUUCCUCUGGCUCCCAACUCGUCUUUCUAUCUGGCAUUCCAGUAUCACCGUUUGAAAUACGUGUUUUGACUUUUGAAUAAAGUAUUUUGAACAUCGAAAGUUCGUUACGACCAUGAUCAUGACCUUACCGAAAAGGUUAUGAGAAAUGUAGAUGGAGUUGCAUAACAGAAAUCUUCUGAAAAUCUCAAGGAGCUCAUGAGUAUGAACCUAACUUAGCUUGCCGAAAAUGCAGCAGUUGAUAGAUUACAACUUAUCAUAUUGCCACAAUGAGGCGUUACGUAUCUUUUCAGCUCCACCGUUCGACAAGAGAUUCACAUGUGUAAGCGCCUUUUACUGAAAAGUUUGUGAUGGAUACCUACUCCGAUCUCCCUGGCGUUGACAAACUGAUAACGUUAUAUAGGCUUACUGAUCGAUCGAGACUGACUGCAGACACAGGUGCACUUCAAAUGGGACAGAUCGUUUAGCGAGCCCGCUGUGCAACCGACCCGGAACGUGUGGCCCGCUCGGAAAUCAAGAGGCGAGGUCAGAGGGCAACGAACUUUGUAUGUCAGUAUAUCGAGCGAUAAUUACGUGAUACGCGGUCAGAAAAAUAACUACAAAUAGGCGGCUCUGUGUGAUAUUGUAAAAUCAAAACAGGAUGACAUGUAUAAUAAUGUUAUAGGGCUGGCAUUACACUUCAAACAUGCGAGAGGGCGACGUCACCUCUUUGCACGCGUCUCCUAAAACGCUAUCUCAUUCCCAUUCACAUCCCAUUCACAUGAGCCCAUGUGCUCUAGAUUUUAUGUCGGUCUC